UCUCUUCUUCUCAUCUCUUAAUGCGGCCCUGUAAGCGACUCACGAUUGACCGAGUAGAAGGGGGGACGGAAGUAAAAACCAAAACCGUGAUAAUGAUAAUAGAGAGUAACUUUUGUCUUACAUAUAUGAUUAUUAUGAUUAUAUUAUUAUUAUUUUGUAUCUAAUUUAAUAUCCAAUAAGUGUUAUGUAAAAUAAAUAUUUUUUUAUUAUUAAAAAGCUUUGUAAAUUCUAAAAGUAUACUAUAAUUUUGCUUCUUUAGUAAAAAAUUUAAUAAUAUUGAAAUGUUCCAAUCAUGAAUAAUGUUUUGGAGGUGAUAUUACAGGAAAUCGGGUCUCAAGUGUCGCAAUUAUGGAGAGAUAAAAUGGUGUACAUCGAGUAACUUUAAGAGAUCAGAUCUUUAAAACGGCGUAUGUAAAUUACAUGUUGAUUUUUACAGGUCAUUUCAAUUUUAUCAAGAUCAAACAAUUAUCAUCAUAUGUCCCCCUCGAUACCAUACAACUUUUAUCUAAAGAAUUUUUUCGUAUAUUUGGUAAUUACAUAAAUAAUCACGUGUAGAGAUUUAAAGCGGACAUAUUGUAUGUAUGUGUCUUCAUGUUGCUGAAUGUAUAUGGAUUUAUAGACUAUGUGGAUGGUUUACGUUGAACAUAUGUAUACAUACAUAUAUGUGUCAAUCGUCCUCGAAGAGAUAAUAAAUUAAAUGUUAAAUGAUAUUUAUGUAAAUUUAUUUUAUAUUUUGGAUUUGGAUUUAGUUUGGAUAACAAACUUAUUACCAGAAAAUAAAAGUAUAAGAAGUGGGAUUAGACCGGUAGGAAUGUACUUAGUUGAAUAAAAAUCCGUUAACCUGAAUUCCCGUUAUAUUCUUCGGGUUUUAUUCAUGGAUUCUUCUUCUAUCAGGUGUACGUUCUGUCACGGUGCGUAAACAUCGUCUCUUGUUAGUGAUACAUAUAGUUCAACAAUCUCUUAAUUUAAUAACGAAGACUUUUCAACAUCCUCAUUACUACACUUCAAGUAAAAAUAUAGAAAAAUGGCCCUUGAGUCACCGAAAUAUGAAUACUUGAACGAAAAAGAUACGAAGGAAAUGUUGGAAUUAUUUAAAGGUGAAAGAACAGGUUUUGUUUUAGUAGGUCCAAAAAAGUGGUUCUUUCCCUAUAAAUAUACGAUAGAAGGUAAAGGAUUUUAUAAUUUUAAGGCAAGGCCAGACGAUACGUGGAUUUUAUCCUAUCCAAGAUCAGGAACGACGUGGACUCAAGAAUUAAUCUGGUUAUUGUCAAAUGACUUAGAUUUUAAUAGAGCAAGGACGGAAUUCUUGGCAGAACGAUUUCCAUUUUUUGAAUUUAGUAUGUUUAAUCAUUCAGAGGUAACUCGAGAAUUGAUAAAGAUGAAUGAGGGAGAUAAAGACAAAGUAGAAUUUUGUAAAAAGAUUGCUGAGCCAGGGUAUGAAGUCUUAGCAAAAUUGCCUUCAAAGAGAUUCAUAAAAUCACAUUUUCCAUUUUCUUUGUUACCAAAUAUUUUGGACAGUGGUUGUAAGAUAGUGUACGUUGCAAGAAAUCCAAAGGACGUUGCUGUUUCUUGGUAUUAUUUAAAUAUAGGUAUUAAAACUCAAGGAUACAUAGGUGAUUUUCCAACAUUUUGGAAUUACUUUCAGAAUAAUCUUACAUAUUGGGGUCCAUAUUGGGAACACUUAAAGGAAGCAUGGGCAAAUAGAAAUCAUCCAAACGUUUUAUUUAUGUUUUAUGAAGAUAUGCAACAUGAUUUUUCAAAAGCAAUUAAAGAAGUUGCUAAAUUUCUUGGAAAAACUUAUACUGAAGAACAAUUAAAAGAAGUAGCAGACUAUUUAAAUGUAAAGAAUUUUCGAAAUAAUCAAAUGGUGAAUUUAUCAGAAUUAAACGAAUGUGGUAUUAUAACGAAAGGAAUAUUUGUCAGAAAAGGCAAAAGUGGUGGAUGGCAAGAUAUUUUCACUGAGGAACUUAAUGCUAAAGCUGAUAAAUGGAUAGAAGAAAAUUUGAGAGGAACUGAUCUCUUUUUCCCGUAUUUUAAUAACAUUAAUAAUAACUAGAACUGAUAAUUCAAACAGUUAAGAUCGUUUAAUUAUUUUUUAAUAUUUUUAA